AUGUCCCCCGUACCUCCUCCUGCGGGGGCUUUUGUCCCAUCUGACGAUUGGACCGAGGACACAUCAUUUGACUUAUCCCCUGCCGCCCAUCAAUUGGCUUUACCUUCUUCAUCCUCUCCUUCUUCAUCUUCAACAUCAUCUCACUCUCAUAGAUCUCAGUCAUCCAUCAGUAACGGUCGGCAGCAUACUUCAUCACCACUGAGACAAUCAUACACCGGUAAAGGUACUCUGAAGUUGAAAAAACGUGAAGACUUACAAGAACUCCUAAUUGAUGAUAACGAUGAUUUCGAUUUCGAUUUUGACACACCCCAGCAUGAACAUUUUCCUCCUCCUCCUUCAACAUUAUUGUCAUUCAAACAACCACCAUUACAACAAAGAUCAAGACCAAGGACAUCAACAACUUCUACAGCAUCUAUUUCUUCUUCUCAUCUCACUCGUACAGUGAUAGGUUCAGGUCCGACUGGUAUAGGAACAAUCACCAAACUUGGCACCACGGGCAAUGCCAUCGGACCAAAAUCAUCGUCAAUGAAUGGAACGGUCAAAGCUCGCGCUCUUGCCAUCGAGAAAUCUUGGGAAGCAGAUGUCGAUUUUGAUAAUAUUCCAAACUUACAGGAUCCUCACCAACCGUCAGUCCACAAUAGAAGAGGUACAAUCAAGAGACUUACAUUGUCCCCUCCGCGAAAAGGGUUCAUGCCUCCCCCAGAUGCAUUAGAUGAAUUAGGGUUCGAUCUGGAUGGUGAAGAUGAAGAUCAAGCUACGUUAAAAGCUGGUGCUACCAUAAAAGCAAUGUUACCACCUGCACGAAAGCAAAGUCAAAAUCAAGCUCAAGGUAAUCACUCAACAACAAAAUCAAAGCAAUUCCUACCUACACCUUCUACUCCACCCGCACAGGAUCCUGAUUCUCUCGAACUGGGUCUGGAAUUAGGUUUAGAAUUAGAAUCUGAUUUUGCUUUACCGUUGAAUCUCACAAACUUGACUCUUGCUACUCAGCCUAAACAGACAUCAAAGAGAAACAGCAGACCAAGGUCAUCGAAUGCUUCUACUGCAAACACUGAAUCAUGGGAUUCACCCAAUAACAAAAAGCAUUGGGACUGGGGUUCAGAAGAUUCACCUGGACAUGGUAACGCAAGCAAUAAGAGAAGAUCAGAAACUUCUGCAACUAGUAUGUCCGAUGCAUUGCCUGAAACUCCUAAAGAAAUCGUUAAAGGCAAACAUAUCAUUGAGCCUGAUCCGGAUCUGGAAGGAGAAGAAGAUGAUAUGGAAUUAGGUUUAGUUUUACCUUCACCUACAUUCUUCUCCAAUCAAAGAUCAAAAGAAUUGAACUCUAUUUUAGAUAAAAAGAGAAAACCUCAAUUCGCCCCUCAACCGCUCAAUAACCAUCCUCAGAAACAGAAUAACGAGACGAGUGGUAAACAUGGUGACGAUUCCUUUGAAGACGGAUUAGUGCUUGAUGGACCCGGAGUAGAAUUGAGCAAACAUAGGUUAAGAGAGAAGAAACGUGCCAGAGAUAUUUAUCCUCCCUCCACCAUCAAAAGAGGUACCAUCCCCCCUCCUACGACUACAACGACGAAGAGUGUUGCAAAAGAAAGAGAAAAAGCUUGGGAAAAACAGAGGGAACAAGGUUGGGGAAGGUUAAAUCAGCUUCCUCCAGCAACCGCAACACCUCUCUCAUCUGCUAGAGAGCGCACACAAUUUUCUUUGAGAAGUAAUUCUGCUUCAGCAAUGACUUUACUGAACAAUGCUCCUAAAAGAUCAGAUUCACCUGCGCUCACAGGUAGAGAGAAGGAAUCAAUUCGGUCUAGAUCAGGUCAAAUACAUACGAUGCUACCACCCCCCUUACCACCCACCGCGUCGAUUCCAGUACCAGCACCACCCUCCCAAUCUCAACCUACACCUUCAUCUUCUUCGAGACUUCGACAUCAGAAAUCACAUUAUCAUAUCGCGCCUCCUCAAUCACCCAGUCUAGCUCGAAAACAAUCACUUGCUUCGCUACAAGAUGCCCUAGCUUCCACCUCGACAGCGGAUAGACCUUUCACUCCCUUGGAAACUCCAAGAUACCAUGGUUCGGCUUCGAGAUUGACCAUGCCAACGUCAAGCUCAAGAGCCAAAACACGUCCGCCGAUAACGUCGAUUUUCCCCAUGAUAAAAAAUGAAAUUCCAACGCCGAGCUCAUCGGCAAGCUCCAUGUCCUCUAUCGCCAAUCACAUUCCAACAUAUUCUCGUCGAGGAUUCGGUCAAGAAGGAAAUAGUAAAAUCGUAGAUUUGCCCAAAAGACAUAAGAAUUGGGGCGACGGGACUGAAUUAGACAGUAUUGAUGAUCUGACGAUAGAUGAUGAACCAAACACGAUCAAAGGUAUGAAUGGCAUAGGUUCAGGUAAACCUAGCAGAAAGGCCCAUGAGCAAACAUCUCAUCAGACAAAUCGUAUGCUUCCUCCUGCCAAACUUGCUCCCGUUGAUCAAUCGGAGAAAAGAAAGAAAUCUGGCUCGGCAACUACCACGAAAAGAAGGAACAGGAAACCUGGUUUAAUCAAACAUUUCGGUGUAGCAGAUAAGAAAAAAGUUGUCGGCGAAAUGACUUGGAAUCCUAGUACAUUACGAUGGGAAGGCAAUGAAUCUAUCUUACACGAUUUCGAUACAAUCUCUUCGUCUGCUCGGCCUGCUUUGAUCACUCAUUAUACUGGAUCAUCAGUCGGUGGACUCUCGUCACCGGUCGGAGUAACACCUGCUCCUAGGAUAGUAGGCGAUAUGCAAUUUGAUCCAAUCCAGAUGAAAUGGGUUAGUAUACUGUCACCUGAAGAUGAUGAACCCGAUCCGUUUGAAGGGAUGGCCGAUGACGAAGAUGACGAUUUUAAUGGAGGUGGCGGCAAUACGAUCACUCGAUCAAUAGGAAGAAAGUUAGUCACAGUUGGAAAUAUAAAUCAUGGAAUCAUGGGUGGUGGUGGCAUUGGUGGAACAAGUUUAUACGCGAGUUCAAAUUGGACAUCAAGAUUAACCAGUUUGACGAGUGAAUCGUCCUCAAUCUCAAGUUCAACGAAUACUAAUAUUCCUUCUUCCACUUGGGAUUCAAACGAGAAUGUAUCGUUAGUCUCGGAUGAGUUAUGGAAAGAAUGUAAAGAUGCAGAGGAAAGACACAAGAAAGAAAUGAAGGGUUGGAUCAUGAAAUCUCCUUCUGGAAGUAUCGAACUCAAAGAAAAAGAAAGAAGGGAGGAGAAGAGAUUGUGGGAGAUAAGGCAUCUAGCUAUGAAGAGUUGA